GUAGUGUGUGAUGAUAUAUACAUGGAACCUGAAAGAGAGUUCCUGUCUUAAGAAGAGCAUCCCUUAGUGGGAGGCCCACUUUUUGAGCACUUAGGAAGCACACACCCACCUUUGGGGAUUAUAAAAUAGUAAUGGUAACAUUUCCACCUUUCAAAUUCUGGGAGAUCUUUUUAUCCAUAUGAUACUAGGAUGCCAAUAUUAUGUUUCUUUUGCCCAACAUCCACCACAGGCCCCUGACUUUGUCUCUGGAUUUUCCAUCACUCUAGUCUUUCUCUCUUUACAAAAUAAAGGAAACCACUAAUCACUACUGCUGCUUGGGGUAACAUCAGGUAGCACGCGUAGUGAUGGCUGGACAACUAGGAGUACUUAAUGCACUGGAUGUGGCAAAGACACAAUGGUACCACUUCACAGCAAUUGUGAUUGCUGGAAUGGGUUUCUUCACUGAUGCCUAUGAUCUCUUCUGCAUUUCUCUUGUCACUAAGUUACUGGGGAGGAUAUAUUACACAGAUUAUACCAAACCGAAGCCUGGUGUUCUUCCUCCUAAUGUGCAAGCUGCUGUGACUGGUGUCGCACUAUGUGGCACUUUAGCUGGCCAGCUUUUCUUUGGUUGGCUUGGUGACAAGUUGGGAAGGAAAAAGGUUUAUGGCAUAACUCUUAUGCUCAUGGUAGGGUGUUCCGUUGCCUCGGGGCUCUCAUUUGGAUCUAGCCCAGAUGGUGUCAUGGCCACACUUUGUUUCUUCAGGUUCUGGCUUGGGUUUGGGAUUGGUGGUGACUACCCUCUUUCAGCUACUAUCAUGUCCGAAUAUGCUAACAAAAAGACACGAGGGGCAUUUAUUGCUGCAGUGUUUGCUAUGCAGGGAUUUGGAAUCUUGGCUGGUGGAAUUGUUGCCUUGAUUAUCUCGUCUGCAUUUGACCACAAAUACAACGUUCCUUCCUACAAAGAAAACGCACGAGCAUCAAUGGUGCUACCUGCCUUUGAUUACGUUUGGCGUAUGAUUUUGAUGUUUGGUGCUGUCCCAGCUGCACUUACAUACUACUGGCGUAUGAAGAUGCCAGAGACAGCUCGUUACACGGCCCUUGUUGCCAGGAACGCAAAACAAGCUGUUUCCGACAUGUCUAAGGUGUUACAAGUUGAACUUGAAGCUGAAGAGGAGAAGGUGCAGGAAUUGCUCGAGAAACAAGACCAGAAGUUUGGUUUGUUCAGCAAGGAAUUUGCCAAACGCCAUGGGCUGCACUUGUUGGGAACCACAAGUACUUGGUUCUUAUUGGACAUUGCCUUCUAUAGCCAGAACCUUUUCCAAAAGGACAUUUUCACUGCCAUUGGAUGGAUCCCUGCUGCAAAAGAAAUGAAUGCAAUCCAUGAGGUUUAUAGGAUUGCAAGAGCACAAACACUUAUAGCACUAUGCAGUACUGUGCCAGGUUACUGGUUCACAGUGGCCUUUAUUGAUUACAUGGGCCGUUUCGCGAUCCAAUUGAUGGGUUUCUUCUUCAUGACCGUAUUCAUGUUUGCUCUCGCUAUACCUUAUGAUCACUGGACCAAGAAAGAAAACAAUAUUGGGUUUGUUGUGAUGUAUUCCCUCACCUUCUUCUUCGCCAAUUUUGGUCCGAAUGCCACUACAUUUGUUGUGCCAGCAGAGAUUUUCCCAGCAAGGCUGAGGUCUACUUGUCAUGGAAUCUCAGCUGCUGCAGGAAAGGCAGGAGCAAUUGUGGGUGCAUUUGGGUUCUUAUAUGCUGCCCAAAGCAAGGACUCUUCCAAGACUGAUAAAGGUUAUCCAAAGGGUAUUGGGAUUAAGAACUCCCUCAUUAUGCUUGGUGUGAUUAACUUCUUUGGAAUUAUAUGCACCUUAUUAGUACCGGAAUCAAAGGGAAAAUCACUGGAAGAGUUGAGUGGGGAGAAUGAAGAAGAUGGUCCUGAGGCUAUAGAUGUGGCAGCGUCUUCUAGGACAGUUCCAGUUUAAUCAUUGUCUCUAGUUCAACUUUCAAAUUAUGCUAGCUAUUAUUGUUAUGUGAAAAUUUUAGUUCUGAUUUUCUACUGCCAGAUGCACAAUAAUAAUGAUGUAGAUAUUUACUUUUUGGUGCUGUAACUUUAAAUCAACUACUGAGUGUUUAUGUAUUCCAUUCUUGUUUAUAAUUAAGAU